AUGAGUGUCGACACGUACGGACCUAGUUCCCAGAACUUGACAUUCUUGGAGACCGAAGAGGCCGACAUGAUUGGCGCAGAUACCCAGGGCAGCGAGUUUGAGUUUACUGAUUUUACAUUGCCGUCCCAGAGCCAACCGCCAAUGUCUCAAUUGGACUCGUCGUCGUCUACCCAUAGAAUGCAAUUGCUGAGCAAUAAAACUGAUAAAGACGACACUAAUGUCAUCACGGUCACUAAGAAAAUUGGUGAACUGCAGUUUGAGGACGAAGAAGAAGAUUCCUUUUUUACCAAAGAAUUGCCAUAUUAUGCAUGCAAAUAUUGUGGUAUUCAUGAUCCCGGAUGUGUAGUCAUGUGUAAUAUUUGCAAAAAAUGGUUUUGUAAUGGUCGUGGGAAUACUUCUGGAUCGCAUAUUAUUAAUCAUUUGGUUCGAGCCAAACAUAAGGAGGUAACAUUGCAUAAAGAUGGUCCAUUGGGUGAAACUGUUCUGGAGUGUUAUUCGUGUGGUGUAAAAAAUGUGUUUGUGCUUGGAUUUAUACCGGCCAAAGCAGACUCAGUUGUCAUACUGCUAUGCAGACAACCAUGUUCCACACAAAACGCUUUAAAAGAUAUGAACUGGGAUCAAGAACAAUGGAAACCAUUGAUUGCUGAUCGCUGUUUUUUGACUUGGCUUGUUAAAGUACCAAAUGAAACUGAUCAGUUGCGUUCUAGACAUGUCAGUGCUACUCAAAUCGCUAAGCUUGAAGAAUUAUGGAAAGAUAAUAAUGAGGCAACAAUUAAUGAUCUUGACAAACCAGGUGUCGAUGAAGAGCCACAAAUUGUUUUACUUAGAUAUGAAGAUGGAUUUCAGUAUCAAAACGUAUUUGGACCAUUGGUAAAAUUAGAAGCAGACUAUGAUAAACGUUUGAAAGAAUCCCAGACUCAAGAAAACAUUACUGUACGCUGGGAUGUUGGAUUAAAUAAAAAGGCUAUUGCCUAUUUCCAUCUAGCCAAGACUGAUGGUGAUAUGCGUUUGAUGCAUGGUGACGAACUGCGUUUGAGAUUGACUGGUGAAAAUCCUUGGGCUGGAAUUGGUCAUGUUAUUAAAAUACCUGACAAUUAUGGAGAAGACGUUGGUUUGGAAUUGAAAAUUAACAACGGUGUACCAACUGAAAUAACAUCAAAUUAUGUGGUAGAUUUUAUAUGGAAAUCUACAUCUUUCGACAGAAUGCAGUGUUCAUUGAAAAGAUUUGCUACAGACGAAUCAUCAGUGUCAUCAUAUAUAUAUCAUAGACUGCUUGGGCAUGAGUUUGAUGAUCUAAUGUUCAGGUCACACAUGCCAAAACAUUUCUCGGCGCCAAACUUACCAGAUUUAAACAGAUCACAAGUAUAUGCAGUUAAGCAUGCUGUACAACGGCCUUUGUCUUUAAUCCAAGGACCCCCAGGAACCGGUAAAACUGUGACUUCUGCUACAAUUGUUUAUCAAUUAGUGAAAAUUAAUGGUGGACCAGUGUUGGUAUGUGCUCCUUCAAAUAUCGCAGUGGAUCAACUAACAGAAAAAAUUCAUAGAACUGGAUUAAAAGUUGUCCGUGUGUGUGCAAAAUCUCGUGAAGCUAUUGAUUCCCCAGUUUCGUUUUUAGCUCUUCAUAACCAGGUCCGGAAGAUGUCAUGCAACGUUGAGCUUCAAAAGUUUCAACAGUUAAAAGAUGAGACUGGUGAAUUGUCAAUGGCCGAUGAAAAGAGGUAUCGUGCUCUGAAAAAAGCAGCUGAACGAGAAUUACUCAAAGCUGCAGAUGUUAUUUGCACUACAUGUGUUGGAGCUGGUGAUCCGCGUUUAGUACGAUUUAAAUUUCAUUCUAUCUUGAUAGAUGAAAGCAUGCAAGCUACAGAACCUGAGUGUAUGGUACCAGUUGUGCUUGGAGUAAAACAGUUAAUUUUAGUUGGAGACCAUUGUCAACUUGGACCUGUGGUAAUGUGUAAAAAAGCUGCUAGAGCUGGAUUGAGUCAAUCUCUUUUUGAGCGUCUUGUAGUUUUGGGUAUUCGUCCAUUCCGGUUGGAAGUUCAGUAUAGAAUGCAUCCAGAACUAUCACGGUUCCCUUCAAAUUUCUUCUAUGAAGGUUCAUUGCAAAAUGGAGUUUGUGCUGAUGAUAGAAAGCUAAGCAAAAUUGAGUUUCCCUGGCCAGUGGCAGAUAAACCAAUGUUAUUUUAUGUGACACAAGGCCAAGAAGAAAUAGCAGGUUCAGGAACGUCAUAUUUGAAUAGAACAGAAGCUGCUAACGUUGAAAAAAUUGCCACUAGGUUUUUGAGAUGUGGUGUUAAACCUGAUCAAAUAGGAAUUAUCACACCAUAUGAAGGACAACGUGCAUACUUGGUGCAAUACAUGCAAUAUCAAGCCCCCCUUCCAGCUAAAGUAUAUCAAGAAAUCGAAAUAGCUAGUGUUGACGCAUUUCAGGGUCGGGAAAAAGAUUUGAUUAUUAUGUCAUGUGUGCGUUCCAACGAACACCAGGGAAUUGGUUUUCUCAACGAUCCCAGACGAUUAAAUGUUGCACUGACUAGAGCUAAAUAUGGCAUAUUGAUUGUUGGGAAUCCAAAAGUUUUAUCAAAACAACAAUUAUGGAAUCAUCUGUUGAAUUACUAUAAAGCAAACAAUGUAUUGGUAGAAGGACCAUUGAAUAAUUUGAAAGAGUCUCUUAUUCAAUUAUCUAAACCCAAACAGUUGGUGAAUGCAGCUAAUCCAGGAUCACAUUUCAUGACAACUCAUAUGUAUGAUGCUCGUGAAGCUUUGAUCCCUGGCAGUGUUUAUGAUCGUAGCAAUCAAGGAAAUGUACCUAAUAGUCAUGGUACACCUCAAUAUUUUCCAAGACCAGGGCCAGGUCCUGCUGUUGGAAUGGGUUUGGAUUUAUAUACUCGUAAUCAUGAUCCAUUAACGUUCAUCACACCAGAUUCUAGAUCUCAACCACAGAUUGGUGGGAUACCCGUUGGCAUGGUGAUGAAUAUGAAUUCAAUGGCUCCCAGAUUCUUUAAUCAACAAUCUGUUCAAAAUCGUCAGAAUGUACGUACUAAUAACCGUCUGCCAAUGACUAGUGGUCGUCUGAAGACUAAACCAAAUCAGAAGAAUCAAAAAUCAAAUGGAAUCAGUGCUUCGCCACUCAGCCAAGCAAUUACUCAAGAUGUAUCUCAGCCAUACAGUCAGAACAUGUCACAGAGUAUGUCUCAACCUGGGUUCAGUCUUUCGCAACCUGGUCUAUCUCAGCCUGAUCUAUCGCAGGAUAGUUACAUGAUGGGAGAGUUUCAUUCGCAAAUGGAUGGAUUACUCUCACAAGAUUCAACAUAUCAAGGCGACCGUACUGUCACGUCGUUUUACAAUCCACCAAAUACAUUGUACUCUCAGCAACCAUAUUGA